CUCAGAUUCAAUUUUCCUGAAGCAUAGCGCGAAGGGACGCGUUGCCAUGGUGCAGACCGGAAAAUGUGUGGCCCUUGCGGCGGGCUCGGCAGCAACCAUGGCUUUGAUGGGUGCACCAGCCUUCACUUCAGCUCCAAACACGGUCAGUGAGAGCCAUGUUCCAGUGCGCACUUACGGUGCGGCCCAAAGCCAGGGACACUCUUCCAUGGGUGUGUCAGCCACUGCUGCGGCUGCAGGCAUCAUUGCACUUGGUGCAGCUGGACGCCGCUCUCAGAAGGUUGCACGGGCAGGUGUUCUCACAAAGGAUGAUCAGGGUCGCUUCCGCUUUGAUGCCCCAGAACCACCUCUUGUGCUUGAAGAGCAGCCUGGUGUCACCCGCCCCUUGAACUUCUUUGAUCCGUUGGGGUUUAGCAAGGGUGGUUUGAUGACCUUCCCUGGCGAUCCUACUGGCUUCAAGCAUUUGCGAGCUGCGGAGAUUAAGCACGGCCGCUUUGCCAUGAUGGCAGCCACAGGAUCCCUUUUCGCACACUAUGUGAAGUUUCCCGGCUUUGAGGAUGUGCCAACUGGCUUGGCAGCCUUGAGCACCGACAAGGGCCUUGAAGGCUUCUCCUUGAUCAUGUUCUUGAUUGCCGGUCACGAGGCUGUCACUUGGAAGCCAGCGAAGGACCCUGGAAGCUUCGGUGAUCCAUUCCAGUGGAAGCAGCUUGGAACCGAGAUGCGAACGAAGGAGAUUAACAACGGGCGCAUUGCGAUGUUUGCCAUCAUGGGCCAGAUCGUUGCUGAACUCCAGACUGGGAAGGGUCCGGUGGAGCAGUUCAUGGGCUGAGAAGCACUGAAGAGUAAUUCGUGCAUUUCUUGAUUUUCCCAGAAUGUUCCUCAAGAGGCACCAUGCAUCCUGUUGCAUUGACCAGUGUACUCUUUCUACACUUUAUGUUGUCGGAUUGCAUAUGUUCAUGUGAAGGGACGGGCAAAGAAUUUUUGCCUUCCAGAUUCCAGAUGGCAAGAAGACAUGUGAAUGUGAGGACAAAAAAUGGGAGAAUGCAGACAUUUGGAGCAAUAUCGGUUUUAUGAAUGCUCGGCAUGCGGUGGGAGCCAAGAUUUUGCCACAUCUUUCCUAAACGUCUU